GAAGCAGCACAUCUGGAAUACGCGGAUGAGGGAAAAUCUGAACUUGGACGUCUUCUGAUGAGCGGCACAUCUGCUGCUUCAACAACAACAACACCAUCACACUGGUUAAGAUCUGACUGAUAUUAACAAUCAGUUUUGGUGUCUGGCACGAGACAACAGAGCAUAUUCGAAGCAAAACCCACCUUUUUCAGCUCUUCACCUAACUUGUGUCUGAUCUCUUCCAGAGGAGCUAGAUGAGUGUUGACCCGCACACAAGUGUACGACGGAGGGUGAGACAGACAUGUGAGCAGCUUCUGGAAACGACACUCUGCCUCCUGAUGGCCGACUGCAGCCAAUACCUAACCAGACAGAGAUGAUAAAACAAAGAGAAAAGGUCUUACAAGACACAUUUUAGUGUUGAGAGACUGUAAGAAAAAGAUCUUCACUCCUCUGCGAGAAAAGAAGAAUUUUUAUCUCAUGUGAUGUCUUGAAGGGAACAUUUGCUUCCAAGAAACUAGUGCUAACUUUAUCAUUACCUCUUUGUUUAAGUAGACGCCUUUGAGAUAAUUGGAAACUUCAGGCUUCAGAGAAAUUCUUGGAAAAACAGACAUUUCUUCCAUCUGUGCAGAGAAAAACAUCAACUUAGUAACAGACAGUAAAAUAAACUAAAACUGAUUAUCACCAGCGAUGGGCAGAAAUGUUGUAAAAUUAUUCGAGCACUGUUUGAGUACAGUAAUGGGCGCCUAUACUUAACAUAAGCACUCUAAUUUAAGGAGAAUUUACUGCACUAAUUUUAAUAAGAUAAAUUCUGUAUAUUUCAAUAGAUUUUCUCAUUAUUUGCCAACUUUGCUCUGAAGUCAGCUGAUGGAUUAACCCCCCAAAAAUCAUAUUCUAAACCAUAAAUCUGUUUGUCUAAGUAGAGUUGUACGUCACACAUCUCAAAGGUUUGCUUCACUUCACUUCAACUUUAUUAUGUCCCAAAAUGGGCAAAUCGGGUUGCAGCAGGCACAGGCGUUUAAAACACUGCCAUACAUCAUGAAAAUAAAAUAAAAUACAUUUACAUUAAAAAAAAAGUUCACGAAGUAAAAAGCAUUAAAGACGAUGUAGAAGGUAAAAAAGAAAAGCAUAUGUCAGUCAUACCAGUAUUUUGCAUGAACAGAGUGCAAAAAAAUGCAGAAACAAAGUGCAAUGUGUGGUUUGUGUACCAAUUAAAGACCCCUAGAUGAAGCUUGAUCCGUUAUAAUAAUAAUGAUAAUAAUAAUAUACACCAUCUAAUAUCAGAAGCAGAGACAGUAAAUGAAAGCGGAAAUCAUUCAGAUUGAGCAGAUUAUUUCGUGGUGUGAAGAGGGAUGACUAUCCUCCACACUCUGAGGGUUAAAUUCUAGCUCAACAUACACAAACUUCAUCACAACCUCUAAAGAAAUCAGCUGUUUUUAUUCAGUGGUUUGUUGUUUCUUUUAUUAUAGAGCCGCAAAUCUGGAAAUCUGCAGCAUGUGAGUUUAAAAUAACAUAAAUAGUGCUUCUCAGAGGAACACCCUACAUGGGUGAUUACAAUCAUACAUUAUGGAAAUACAACAAUAUAAGGAGUUUUAUUUUAUUUUAUUUUAUUGGUUAAUUUGAAUGAUUAAGUACUUUAAAAAGCUAGUGGUCCAGUAUUUUAUCGGUGCAGAAUUUACUUGUAAUGCAGUAAUAGCAGAAUCUAUAGGUGUACCUAUUCCACCACUGAUUAUUGUUAUACCAUUGGUUAUUUCUGGUGUUUUUCAUUCAUAAACCAAUAAAUGAAGUGGUAUUUUCACUAAUUCGCGCUUGUCCCUACACCAUUAAACAAAAGUACAUUUAUAGCCAUUGUACAAGAAAAAAACCGUUUCCAUAGCAGACCCAAAUAAGCUUUUUUUCAGUAAAUAUAAAAUAAUAUCUUAUUGUUUACAGUAUUUGACAAACACGGGUCGUAUUUUCUAUCUCAUGAGUCUCAAUAAGUCCUACCUACCACCUCCACCACACGCGUUGAUGCUCAAAUACACUGUCCGUAUUAAUAAUAAUACCUAAAUCCAAGUAUAACAGCUGUGUGUAGGUUUUUAUGUCUCUUUAGCUACUCACGUUCCGUCCCUGUGAGAGUCUGAGCUUUCACUUCCGCGCACGUCACUAACUUUGUCAUACGGCGCACGCACGAGAGGCGUUGCUAUGGUGUUGCCAACAGCCGACCAGUAAAACUCGAUCCAUGUAAAUGUCUGGUGUAUCGCAAGCAUAGACUGUAUAUACAGUCUAUGAUCGCAAGAGAAAGAAAAAAACACGUUGGAGCUGCUUACUUAUCACAUCUUGAUGUCAUAUACAAAUUAAACGAAAACGUUCCUGCAGAUAAAACGUAAGCUAUGAAAAAAUACUGUAAAACUGACAAAAUGGACUUUUCUGGCUCACACUUGCUGCCACAAAUUCGUUGUUUUUUUUCAAGGAUGGAAAAUAGCUUAGUCGCUUAUGUUUAUUUACGACAAAGUACAGCAAAUUUACUGUCAUUUAACCUCAGUAGAAGGAAAAAAUACCGUCUAUUACAGUUUUUAAAUAACAGCAGAAUGUGCUUCAAAAUUAAAGAACUGUGUCGUAAAGUUAUACUCAUAAGUUGUGAUGUUAAGUUGUGAUGUGUACAUUUACGCUUGCUCCAUUUUACGAGCUUUCUCUCGCAGUAAAACUUGAAGAAAACUGUUCUCAAAAAGUCCAACGUCUGAAGCGAUAUACGUCAGCACGCAACCGGAAGAAAACCGAAUAGCUGCGGUUGCGUUUUUUUCUUCAACACCACUGCCAGCAGCAGCUAACGGGGAGAGGAGUCUGUGGAGCUGCGGAGUCAACACAUCGCUGCGCUCUUUGCUUGUGUUUGAGGGGGAUUCUUCAGAAUUCAACGACAGAGCAGACCCUCGACAUUUCUUCAUCCCGUCUAUGCUGCUUUGUGUAAUCUUAUCCUCCCCGUAGCUACGUUGUUUAAGGAGCCGGGGCGCAUGGAGUCGGCGUUGAAAAGGUCGGUUAGGUGUUUUGCGGACAAGAGAUCAUCCGGCUAAUGUUAGCUAGCCGUAGCCAGCCACGGAUUGAACGGUGUGGAUCUGAGAGUGGACGAGCUCGGUGCUGCUGCCCACUCUGCUGAGAAACGGACAGAAGAACGGACCGACAUUGGUGUUUUUGACCAAAUACAAUGGGCCUCAUAUUCGCCAAACUGUGGAGCUUCUUCUGUAACCAAGGUGUGUGGAAUUGUUACGGCGCAUUUACCUCCGUGACACCCCUGAACCGAACAUAACUGUUAGCCCGAGAGCAUAAAGUGAGCAGCAAGACCAUAACAACAGAUGGGGGAAUAAUCUUAGGACUCUCUCAGCUGCGCUCUCUUUGUUUAGCUUUAACAACAGGCAUCUAAUCUACUCCUCCUAUUUUUUAUCAACCACUCUUGUUAAUCUGUUAAUCAGCCGGCCAACCAACUUAAUUACCCUAAGUCUCAGUCAGCCUACCGCAGCGUAUUCAUUGAGUUGUCAAUCAGCCUACACUCACUUCUCUGCAGGACACAUAACUCACACUGUUUGAAUGUUUGUGGACUAAUUUUUCUGAUCUGUAUAGCAUGGUUUUUUAAGUAUUAAUGUUGCUGAAUCCUUUAUUCUGGAUUGACCUGUUCCAAGUAUCAGAAUUCAUUCACUUUCAAGAGAUCACGAGCAAGCACUUUGUGGAAUUGCUUGCAACCUGAGCAGAGACUAACUACAACCAACAAUCUUCACUGUCAUUAGUAAACCUGAGAAGGAGCUAUUUAAACUAGACCUAGAGCUUCAACACAAGACACAAAGUCUAACUAUACUUUAAAGAGUUGCACAUUUUAUCGUAGAAGACACUGACGUCGCUACUAAGCCUCUUUUUUUAAUCUACUUUGAGUAAACCAGCUUGUUUUUAAACAUUUUUGGCUUGCUUUUAAAGUUUUAGAAAGACACCAGACAUCAGGUAUCUGUUAAUCUUUACUGUCACUGUUAUGGAGGAAUAACAGACCGUUGCUUUGCUGUAUCAACGAAUCAGAUUCAAGUUCUCAUUAGAGCCGUAUAACUAGGGCUGGGCGAUAUGGGAAAAAGUUUAUUACAAUAUAUUUUUUCAUAUCAGUCAAUAUCGAUAUAUAUCACGCUAAAAAAAAUGACUUGUCUUUCUCAAAGUUCCCUGUUACUCUUUACUGAAAUGUAACUAAGCUACGGCAUCUGUGACUUCUUUGUGUCUCUCCAACGUUUUGUCAUAAGGAAUUGCGCUAGAGAAAGCAGAAUAAAUGGUCGGUUCAGCGCGACCCGAACCCUGAGCAACUCCCUUUUUCAUUGGCUAUUCAUGUAGUCUACCAAAACAUGGCAGAAUGCCAACUAUUGAAAAGCAUAUUGACCAUGUUUCAUAUCGAUAUUGAAAUUCAUUUUUGAUAUUUAUCAUUAUAGUUUUAUCGCCCAGCCCUAUGUAUAACAAUGAAAUUCAGUCAACUUAAUUAUCAUACUCCUUACUGUAUUAAAUCCCACCCAGCCUGGUUAGGAUGUGCGUUUAUUUCUGCAUGAUACAAGUUUUUUGUAUUACAUUGUUUGCUCAAAAGGUGAAAAUUCCUCUUUUUUACAGCCUUUAAAAGUCGCAUGUUGAGUUUUUGCUGUCAGGAUCGUCACAGAGCGGCCUCUCUGUAUGAAGGCAAUAGACACAUAGAGUCCUCCAAAAAUCCCAGUUGAGUGCCGAGAGACUGUCGAGUCUGUGAGCCCUCUGACCAGACUUCCUUCCCCCUCUGCAGCCAGAGGCCUCAGAAGGGCGGAAAAGUCAAAACACUAAAGUAGGAUAUUUUGGCACAUUCAUGUCAACUCAGUUUCUACAUUUAGUGUGUAACGCUGCAUGCCUGAGAGGCGUCAGAGCCGGGGGUGCUACAGACUGUGCUGGCUGGUGUACAUGAAUGGAAAGAACUAAAAGGAGGAGGUUUGAAAGAUUGGAGAUUUGGGAUGGGCGGCAGUGACUAACAGGAACAGACUGUAUAAACCUAAAGCAGAUUUAUCUAAUGAUUGUUUUAACCAAGUGUAGGAAGAGGGAAACCAUAUAAACGCCUGCUUGUCUGCUGGUCCUGGGAUUGACGCUUGAUUCAUUAUAAUGUUUGUUUAUUUACAGAGCACAAGGUGAUAAUUGUUGGACUUGAUAAUGCAGGGAAAACCACUAUCCUCUACCAGUUGUAAGUUGUUUCUUUUCACUCAGAUGCACUAUGAAAAUCUUGUUAACUGCACCUAAAUUUCAAAAACUCACAUUAUUAUUCUCUUUUCCCCAGUUUAAUGAACGAGGUGGUCCACACAUCCCCCACUAUUGGAAGUAAUGUGGAAGAAAUAGUGGUGAAAAACACUCACUUUCUGAUGUGGGACAUAGGAGGACAGGAAUCCCUCAGGUCCUCCUGGAACACCUACUACUCUAACACAGAGGUAAGUAGUACAAGCAACACUUUUUGUGGGGAACAGAAGUAUUGUCCGGCAGCAGGGUUUUUUUUUCUUCCUGAGCAGCUGGCGUGUUUGCGCAGAGCACAGACGGCAGCAGAGUCAAUAGGUCAGCCGUAUCAUAAAGGGGCCUGUUGGAAAAGCAAAGCAGGGGUCGGCCUCUGCUGUGUUUGGAAGGAGGAGAGCGGGGAGAGUCAUGGCAGAGACAGAUGUUAGGGAGACACUAAAGAUAUCCCGACAAAAACAAUCGAGUUAAAGAUCCCUGAUGUAACAUCUGCCAGAGAGUUUAUAGCGGUUAUAGGCUGUUGUUUUACUAGUAGCUGCUUAUUUCACACAUGAACACAGUUGAAGUUUGUGUUAUUCACUGUGGGUUUCACAAAAGUUACAUGCAUAAAUUAAUGAACAUUUUUAGAGAAGUUAGAAUCUAAUUUGGAUCAUUCUGCCUGUUUAUUUGUGUUGAUGGAUUCAGUUUUUUACAUCUUGGUUAACUGAAUUUCCAAGUUGGACAUGUUUCAAAAAGACAGCAGCAAACCGAAACACUUUCAGGUUUGUUUUUAAUAUUUUCUUUACCUGAAACCAUCAACAGAAACUUUCCCAUGUCAACUCAGGACAUUAUCUGCAGGAUCAGGUUUGAACUUUACUCUGAGUUCACAGAUAUCUCUCUCCCAGCAGGAGACUUUUGGUGUCAGACGUGUUCCUAGCUGCUGGAAAUACUGUAUUUCAUGGGGGGUUGUGUCAGGGCAGAAGAGCAGCAUAGGGAGUAGAACAAAAGGGUCAGUCUUGUGUUGUGUUUAUCAUUACAACUAGUUUCCAUAGAAUCGACAAAAAGAGUGCAAAUGCAACUAGAGGAGGUUGUAGAGCAGCCUCACUCUGUGCAGCAUCAUUUAACAUGCUUUAUUGAAGUCUCUGCACAAUUACCUGAUUAUCUGUUUACACAUCAGCUCAAUCUAACAACACACAGGCUCAGUACAAGAGAGCUAGAGUCAAAAUAAUAUCUGUACUUUCUAGUUGUAUGUGCACUUUUAAGGUUGUGUUUCAAACCAAAAAAAUGGCUUUUUAGGGGAGCGAUUGCCAUGGGUUAAAGAAGCAAGGAAAUACAGAAUGAAGAGCAGUCCACUACACAAACCAGGAUCAUUUAAGUGGGGGUCCGGGGUUUAUGUACAGAAAUGACACCUCUUUAUUUCUGCAUCUCGCACCAAUUUGCUUAAAAAUCAUUAUAGUUUCAGUAAUCUUGAAUCUUGAAGACUCCAAAGACAGGCAACUGGACUGUGUAGAGUCGAGAAGAUGUUUCACCUCUUAUCCAAGAAGCUUCUUCAGCUCUAAAACUGCUAAUAUAUCUGAAGAACCAAAGAAGCUUCUGGAUAAGAGGCGAAAUGUCUUCUCAACUCUACGCAGUCCAGUUACCUGUCUUUGGAGUCUUCAAGAUAACCAUGACCUGGAUGAACGAGAAUCUACAUGGACGUAAUCUUGUAUCAAAAAGCUAAUAUUAAUUCAUUUCACUGUACUGUAUUUACUAAAACCAUGUAACAUCACCCUAAACCACAGCAAAAUGAAAGAGUAAAGACAAAGUUUGACGUUAAAGGACAGAUUAAUCCUCUUACAGAACUGUUGCCAUCUACCAUGACAUGAAAGAGAGCUGUUCUGCUGCCAAUUGUGUUAUUAAAACAAAAACAAUAUCACUAUUUUAUAACUAUUUUGCUGUUUCAUUACGGAUACAAUAACCGAAGUGUAGACUUUGGUGGCGUCAUGAUUGGCAGCAAAGCAGAGCACCACUGCACACAUGUCAUUAAGUCUCUGCUCACGGACAGUAGAUAAGACAUGCUGCUUAUAUGACUGCAUUAUGUUCACAGUGCGGCAAAUGAACACAAACAUCCUAAAUUAUUCACUGCUUUCCUGUUAAAUCAGCAGGUUGAGCUCGAGUUGAAUAACAACAUCUACAGGGAUGUGUGAUGUCUAAUGGGUCAACUUAUCACAAUGGAAAAUCUGAUUUCAGGCUAAUUUCAGAAAUAUCGGAUCCGUUGAAUCUUUAUCACCAGAUUAACAUGAGGGUGUGAUUGAUUCGUAGUUUAGUACAGACAUAAAGAGAGAAAUUAAAGGAUAAAGAAACUUAAAGUUAAGAAAAAAGAAAAAGAAAUGUACAUGUGUCAUAUUUACAUGUGUACAGAAUAUGAAAAUAAAUAAGAAUAUUAUUUAUAGUGAAGCAUAGUCCUCAUCUUGCAAACAGUUUCACCCAUUCACAGUCAUGUCAGCAGAAGUGUAGUGGCAGAAAAAAGCCCAGGGUCCUUGAAUUUUAGUACAGAGUAACAAAAAGCCUCCCAGUUGCUAUAGUAACCAUACACUCUCAUGACUCUAGUGUUACUAUAGUGACUUCCUCUUUCAUUACAGAUCUCUGGCAGGGUUCGGGGUCAUAGUCAUGUUGGAUAGCGCGUGCUGUUAAACAUCGCUUUAUUUCCCCCCGGGUCGUUUGCUUUAAACGGCGUCUCUCACAGCUCUCCAAAAUUAACGUUCCUUUGGUCUUUUGUCAUGCAGGGUCAUUCUCCCUCAUUCACUGAGAAGUUAUUAGCAUAGCAGUCUCCAGUGCUUAUUGUUUAAGAGGAACUUGGCCCGGAAAUGCCCCUCCUGCUGUGUUGCGAAUGUCUUUUGAAAAGUGGGCCACUGAGUGUGAUUUUCCUCUCCUCUGUAGUUCAUCAUUCUGGUGGUGGACAGCACAGACAGAGAGCGGCUUGUCAUCUCCAAAGAGGAGCUCUACAGGAUGCUGGCUCAUGAGGUAAAAGCAAAACUUUGUAUGCUAGAGGACUGAGUGUUGAUUAAUCCACAUUGAUUUUCCACCCAAGUUAGCCAUGCUUUUCACUGUUCAAAGCCCGUGGGUCAAAGGUGGCAGAGAGCGAGGUCACGGUCUCAUUGUUGUCUUUGUUCUCCCCUCAGGACCUGCGGAAGGCAGCUGUGUUGAUAUUUGCCAAUAAGCAGGAUAUGAAGGACUGUAUGUCCGCUGCAGAGAUCUCCAAAUACCUCACCCUGAGCUCCAUCAAAGACCACCCCUGGCACAUCCAGUCCUGCUGUGCACUUACAGGAGAGGGGUGAGGGACAUAUGCUGGUUAAAGGGAUAUUCUGGCAUAAAAUUAAACACAACGUAACACUGAGUUAGACACCCCCUUGAGAGAUGAAUGUUGCCGACUGCUUGCUUCUCUAGGUAUACCAACUUUAGUAACGACUGCAUGAUAGCAAUACACAGCGGUCUGAGGAGCCAUAAACAAACCUCAACCAAAACGCCACUCUAUAGCCACAAAUAAUGCUCAGAACAGCACCUAACUUCAUCAACAGUACGUAUAGGGUCCCAGCCAUAAUACUAGCCAUAUAUUUUCUUUAGCAAAGAGACUAAACAAACUCACCUACUGUCUUCCAGCAGCCGCUUGUUUGUAGCGAGACCUCAGGCCAGUCCAUUAAGGACUGCAGCGGGGUGAUGCAGCUCAAUUUAUGAUUUAUGAUCAUUUCUUCAUGGAAAUGCGAUCAGACAGAGACGCUAAGGCAGAAGGACUACCAUGUCUGCAGUGCAAAAUGAUUAAUAUGAUGAUUAUUACUUCAAGAAAAUGAUAAAUUAGUGAUCAUAAAUGUUCUUCCUUGAGCUGUGUCAAGUUAGGUGCUGUUCUGAACAUUAUUUGUGGCGUUUUUGUUGAGGUUUGUGUAUGGAGAUGUAGAGGACUGUGUAUUGCUAUCGUGUGGUCGUUACUAAAGUUGGUAUAACUAGAGAAGCAAGCGGUCAGCAACAUUCAUCUCUUGAGUGGGUGUCUAGCUUGGUGUUAUGGUGUGUUUGACCAUAACUUAGUUUUACGUCAGAAUAUCUCUUCUUGAUAUAAGUUUAUGCUGCUGAGGCGAAUAUGACUCUUGCAUUAACAGGAAAGAAAAUCUUGUCGAGCCUCAUGUACAAAGACAAACAAUCUUAGAUGUCAAAUUUUGGUUAAAAAUGACUAUUUUGCCUUCACUCUACAGGCAAGACUCUUUGUGUUGUUUUUUUUAUUUACAAUAACAGCAAGUUUUUGGUUGUUCAUUCAUAGUAAAUCAUUCAGUGACGUGUGCAGCCCCCCAACCACACAGAGGCAAACUUAUAAUGAACAGCUCAGAGGCAUCUUUGAUCUUUAUUUCACAGACGAGAGCUUGAAACAGCCACUGAAUCAGGCUGCUGGAGGUUCAGUUCACCACCAGAGGGCGCUUUGUGCACCAAUUUAAACCCCCCACCUCAGUUUCCUGGCAUAAACAGGAAGGCAGCCUCAUUAACAGUCGUAUACAUUUCACAAGUGUUUCCCACAGCCUGAGAAGGAACUGAUAUGAGUUAACUGUUUUAACAUAUAUAUAGAAGUCAUUGAAACAGGCUGUAGCUGUUUGAUUUUUGUAAAAUUGUUCAUUUUUCCAUCAUUUACUUACAGUUUAUGCCAAGGCUUGGAGUGGAUGACCUCAAGGGCUGGACUCAGAUAGCCCCUCCCCUCUGCUGGUGGAUGGCCUGACUACCUGCACCACCCACACGGUGGCACGGAAGCAUCUCCUUUACUGGCCUAUGUAACUUUUUAUUUUUAUUUUUUCUAUGAUGAAUUUUAAUGGACUUUGACCUCUGCAGAGAACACAGGCAGGCGCUCUACUGUUCCUGUGGAGCUGCGGUUCCCUUGCAGCGGGGGGACCAGAAAACUGACCCGGUUGUGGUGCAAGAAGUCACUUUUACAUUUAAGGAGGAGACGAGAAUAGAAGUCCAAGUGCAAAGCAGGGCUGCACUGGACACUCGGUAUUAACACUACAUACAUAUCAUGUCACGUCACACUCGAUCAUAUCACGAAUCUGCCAUAAACGCCAUGUCGGUGCCCAGCUUUGAGAAAUACAGUGCAGCUCUGUUACGAUUAUUUUUCUGUUUCUGUACGUUUGUUCAGGUGCAAAUCCACAGGUCAAACAAAAGGGAUGACAAGCAGUAUUGUAGAACGAGUUUGAUUAGAAAGGUAGCACAACACACAAAAAUUAAGUUCUCUCUCUUUCUUUUCUUUUUUUUUUUUUGGUAGCACAGCCAUUGAUUUCUGUUACACACCAUUUCAGUUCCAUAAGCUACUUUGUUGGUGUUUGUUCUCACAUUUAAAGGUGUCGAAUAUGAACCUCCCUUCUCAUGAACUCUGAGCCCGUACCCGGCGAACGGUGACGAGUCAAUGUCGGCAUGCAAACUAUAAAGAGUGAAUCUGAUCAUUCAGCCUGAUUUCAAUUUAGAAGAAUAUUAACCAGCUGAUUCAUAAUUUAAGAAACCGGUACAGCUCAGUUUUGAUAACAGUAUUUUUAAUUGAAACACUAUUAUGUCGCAAUGUUUUAUGAUUUUUAUUUAAUUUCUUUUCUUGAUUUUAUAGAAUUUAAAGGAGAGAUCUGGCAUGCUGACCUAUUUUUAAAGACUGCAGAUCAUUGGUGCUCUAGAAAUAUGUGUGAGACUGUCCACUGCAUCACCUUAGAGGCAAUUUAAAGAAUAUCUGGCAGCAGUUGUACUUUACUUUUAGACAUAUUCAACUUUACUCAAAGGGAGCCGAAUGAGCCAACAUCAAACAUGUGCCACACAUUCACAGAGAGGUAUUGCUUAUCAAACGUGGACUUCUUCAGCAUCAACAUGAUUGAUAAUUCAGCUAUCAUCAGUUCUAAUACUUGAUCCUCAGCCUUAACCGUGCUGUCCUGAGUGUCUGGAGAAUGGUUUUGACUGUCUGCUCAUUGUUUUGAUUUGUUUUUUAAAAACUGUUCGACCCUGUUUAAGAAUUCCUUGUUAACAGAUCUAUGCACGUGUCACUUUGAAACCAUGUUUACCAUUUGCAAGCUCCCAAUAAGUGGCCAAAAUGGAAGAGGUGCAUGAGUUUCAUUGGAUCAGAAGGGUGUCCAUCGCGGUCAGGUGGUGUGCCUCUGGGUCUCGAGGAUAAAGGGUUUAAGUAUUUUUACAUUUAAAUAGAGGGUGCAGUCUCCAGACUCUGCAGCAUUGAGGUUUACAGUGUUUACCUUGAACCUUGCUCUUUAAAAGCGAGGGAAGUAGAUCAUGUGCUCUGUGUGGUGGUUAACAGUCUGGAUGACUCAUGUACUGUAUUUCACUUUUCAAUAAAAGUUGGUUUUAAAUUUUGA